AUGGCACCUCAACGCAAAGUAUCCAUGAAACAACUUGAUAUCAUGGUUAAAUACUUCGAAUCACAUAAACAUUUAGUAGGUAAAUCUAGAACCCAAACAAUUGCAAACAAUAUGAUUGCACAAGAAAAAUGGUUAGCAGUAAGCAAGAUAUUAAAUGCUGUAAAAGGCGGUGCUGUACGGACUCCAGAGCAGUGGAGAAGGUAUUUUACGGAAUGGACAAGUAAAUGUCGUAAAAAGGCUAAUAAUGCACUCAACAGUGAAAGAAAAAUGACAUUAAAUGAUAUUGAAAUAAGACUCUUGCAAAUAGUUGGAAACAUUGGAGUGAAAGUAAGCCCAAAAUCUUCAUCAGCAUCAAGUGAAACCGAUAAUUUGAAAGAAGACUAUAGUAUGGAUAUUAAAACUGAAUAUUCUGAAGUUGAAUUGGUUUUUGCUGAAGAUUAUAAUACCGAGAAAAUAAGAAACAGUUCCAAUUGUUAUAAACAAACAGAGGCAGAAGUUAAAGACAUAAAUUUGCAUCAACAAAAUGAGAAAUCACAUGUGACUCCACCGCCUCAAUGGGCCUUAGAUUUAGAAGAACGGAGAGUAACUUCACAAGAGAGAAUGGCCGAUGCCCUACAGUCAAUAGCAAGUACUCUCCGUAGUCAGGAACAAAGGAGAAUAUUGCAUGAUACAAAAAUUGCAAAUAGCCUCACUGUCAUAACAGACAAAAUACAAGAACUUACGAGUGGUAUACAAUUUGUAUUGCAAGAUAUAGAGGAGUGCAAGCAUGCAAUAAAGAAGAUACCACAAUGA